GCCCUCAUUAAUAGCGCACUGGGAUUAAACUCGUAUUUUCAACAAUUCUUUUCGUCUUUUCACACUUUGUUAUUAUUAUUUUUUGCCAACAAAGAUGCGGCACUAGCCGUAGUUUUAAGCCCUCGUCCUAAGUUCGUUAUUCAGGGAGUACGGCUGUUUAAUUUUAAUUGACGGAACCUAUUUAUUUUAAACAAAUUUGGUGCGAUAUGUUACUUCCUUCAAACAUGGCAGCGCUCAGUGCUUGCAACGCUUGUGUGUUAUUUUCCAAUGGAAUAAAAGCCGCAGUUGUUCAGUUUAGUUGCCCGGAAACAGUUUUCUACCUAGACUUUCCAUCAUUCCAGUCUCCUGAAGACUCGUCUCAACCAGCAGACACCAAGCCUGGCAGCACUGGCGACAAGAAGGAUGAAACUCAGCAACCAGGUGGAGAUGUUGCCAAUUCGAAACGAUCGUCUGCCCAGAACUGGAUACUUGCAAGCAGAAUAUCACCAGACGGCAAGCUGGUGGCCCUGUGUGACGACCAGAAGCACCUACACAUCUACGAGGUGAGCCAAGAUGGAUGUCGCCUGAUCUCGUCCAGGUGCGUAGCUCGUAGAGUGACCAGUGUUGUAUUCACCCAGGACAACAAACAUGUGAUCGUGGUGGACCGGUCUGGCGACGCCUACCGCUUCCCAGUAGCCCCGGAACAGCUUCCUGGAGUUUCAGGCGACUCCCGCCCUGCCACGGACGCCAGGGAAGGCGAAGAUGCGGCGGUUCACGGCGGCACCUUGCUCCUGGGUCACCUGUCGAUGGUUCUGGAUGUGCUUCUGGUCGAGAGGGAUUUUUUGAUCGUUACCUGUGACAGAGAUGAGAAGAUCAGAGUCAGUCGAUACCCUGAUGGCUUCCAGAUCGAAUCCUACUGCCUGGGACAUACACAAUUUGUUGUGACGUUGGCCUACGAUGAAGACCUGAAGCUCCUGAUUUCAGGUUCCGGGGACGCUAGUGUACGAGUGUGGACACUGGACGGAAAGCAGGUGACCACAGUGAAUGUACUGGACGACCUGCCUACAGAGAACGAUGACACAACAAGAGACGCUCCAGUGUCUCAGGAGAAGUCUACUAAUGUCCAGCCGACAAUUAAAGAUGAUGACCGCUUGGCUGUCCAGUCUGUGGUCUACUGCUCAAAGUGCCGUCUUUUGUUUGUUUCACUUAAUAAGUCAAGGCAUGUUCUGGUCUACAGACUUCUCUCUACUGGUUCGAGCUUCUCUCUAAAGUUGGCGUCUGCUCUGAGCGGUUCUGGAAUUGUGACUAACAUUUCAGUCAGUCAGUGUGUCCUGUGGGUUACCAGAAAAUCUGACGACAAACUUAGUCUGUCUGCAUACAACAUUCAGGAUGUGGGCGGUCAAGUUUUGUUGACUGACGUCCAAGUAGACAGUAAAGAACAUUGUAUUUUACAGACCAUUAAUACACAAGCCAACUUGGCCAAUGCUCCUCCAUCUGCCCUUGAUUUGUUUCCCCUGCUCUGGAAGUCUGGGUUCCAGGAAGACUUCAAAGAGCAUUGGAAGAUCAAAAGAGCAUCAGGAGAGUCCAAACACAAGAAAGACCAGAAGAAACAGAAAGUGGAGGCAGCAGCGAGCUAGCAAUUUGUGAUGAACUCUUUUUUUUUAAUGUGUUCAUAUUUAGUCAUAAUAAAUACAGUCUAUUGGAAACUAA